UAGACCUCCCCCCUUUGAAGGCCAAUAUCCCAGCUGCUGGCCUAUGUUCACAUCCGAAAGGCCACACCUUUCCACCUGAAAGGCCUUUCCACCACCAGGCCAGAACCCCACCGGAGACAGGGGGGUUCAACUAAGUGACAGUGCCAUCUGCCCACCCCAGGCACAACCAAGACCUCAGAAUGACAGAGCCAUCCGAGAACUUAAAGGAUUCAAUGCCCACAGAGAGGAAGUCCAUGUGGAGGACCUCGGAGGAGAGGCGGAUGUCCGACCUCACGCGGGUGCUGGAGUGGCUGCAACGCAGGCAGGGGAAGAAAAAGCAAACUUUCCAGAAACCCAUCUGGGCGGUACCCCCUAAAACAACUGGGAAGGAAGAAAAGAAAGGCCGAAGCAUCCCCAAAAAGCAGAAAGGGAACCACCAGGCAGCCUUCUCUGAGAAGAUCCCCGAGCAAGGCACCAAGAAGGACAAGGACCAUGUCAUGUACCAAAAGCUAAAGGGAAAACGCCUCAGCCUGGUUCCUGGCAGCUACUCCAGGGACAACCCCAAGAAAUCUGAACUAGACAUCAAGGAUGCCAUCGUCCUGGAGUCCACUCAACGGUCCGUGCCAUACCAUCGACAAAGCAUCAUCGACCCCAUGCUCCAGGACCCUCUCUUUAGCACUCGGAGGUCAACGCUCUUGAGAGACUGGGUGGUAGGCAGGAUGCCCGAGGUCUCCUACGAGCGCAAGCUGAAGAGCCUCAUGGAGAAGGGCGCCGAGCCCAAGGUGGAGACGGUGAGAAUGCUGAAGCCGGAGGAGGUGCUGAGCUGCCGAUACCUGAGGUUGUCCAAGAACAACAUUCGAACCUUGCUCAAGCUGUGCAAGGAUGCGGGCAUGAACGUGGACAUCCACCCCCACAUGGUCGAAGGGGAAAUAGACGCUAAAAAGUUUUCAGAAAUGCAAAUGAAAAAUACAAGGCAAUACCACUAACACCACCAGAAUGGAUGAUCCCAAUUAUAGUGGAAAGUGUAGAGCAAAGAGAACGCCAUUGGGAUGGGUACAAUCGCUUUGGAAAACUGGCAACAUCUACAAAAUUUGUUUACACACUGAUGCUGUGGUCCAGUAUUCAUUCCUAGAUACGCACUUCACAGGAUUGUACAGCUAUGCGCACCAAAAGACUGUCCUAGAACGUUCACAGUGGCUUUAUUCAAUGCAGACAAAUACUGGAUUCAACCCAAACGUCCAUCAGCAGAAAGAUUAACUAGCAGUGUAUUCAUACAAUGGAGUACUGCAUAGAAACGAGAAUGAGCAAAUACGGAUGAACGAAGCACGCAGUAUCACGCAAAAGUAGCAAGACACAGAAAGGAGGACAGCUGUGUGAUUCCCCGUAUACAACAGCACCCCCACCCCCACCCCACGCCAGGCAAGACGAAUCUACCGUGGUAGAAGCCAGGAUAGCGGCGGCCCCUGGAGGAGGGUGGGUAGUGCCUGGAGCGGCAUCUGCCGUGCUGGUCACACAGGGGUUCACUUGUGGCAUUCAUUCACUGUACACUUAGGAGUGCUGCCUUUUAGGCAGGUAUAUGUACUUUUAAAGUACAUUUUCAAAAGUAUAGGAACAAGAGUUCUGGUUUUGUUUGCUAAAAACAACAGCCUCAAAAGCGAAGCAGUUUGGGUCCCCUCCACCUGAGAGGCUAAGGUGACCAGGGGAUAGAGGCUUCCAGUCCUGGGGAUGUAGUGUACAUCUUGGUGACCUUGGUUAAUAAUGGAGUGCUGUAUAUUUGGGGGUUGCUGUAUGUUUGGAUCUUGAAAAUUCUCACAAGAAAAGCACCAGAAACUAAUAUAUGAUAUGUUAAUCAUGUCUGGAUGCAAAAAUAAAAUUAGAAAAAUCACUUUUAAAAAACAACAGGAGCCUCAAAACUGAAGUGUUCAGAGUCCCCCGCGUCCCCCUCGCCCUCCCCCUCCCAUCCACAGCGGUAGUUCCCUCUCAGCGCCACCAGGUGGAGCUCCACCACAGCAGAAGACCUGCACCCACAGAGUGGGGCGUCUGCGGGGAGAGCCGUCAAGCCCAGGUGAGUGGCAGCAGAACCCCAGGUGACUGCAGCUUGAGCUCAGAGAAGGUGGGCAAAGCCCAGCCAUGCAUACACCAGCUGAGGACCCCUGGGCACGUCACUUCUCUGAAGCGUCCAUUCUUCCCCCAAAAUGGGGACAAGAAACGCAAUUUAAAACAACAAUGAGGUAUCACUUUAUACCUAAUUAGACUGGAAAAUAUUAGUAAGCUGGGGAAUGCCAGUGUUGGCCCAGAUACGGAAAUAAAGGAGCUUCAAGCCUCACCGGUAGAUACUGCAGGCUGUUGUGGCCUUCUUGGUGAAGUCACGCAGACAUCAGAGACUGGCAAUUCCACUCCUGGGUAUAUACUCCAAAGAAGUUCCAUCACAGGAGAUAUGUUGGAGGGUGUCCCCCCUCACACACACCAUGUUGACAGGUGGUUGGGUGCUGGAGGCCGUCCCAUGUGUGGGAAGAUGGACGGCAAAAUGUGGUGGAUGGAAACGAUGGGAAACGGGAUGAAACGUUACACACUAACCUUCAUA